AUGACGAUGGUUUGCAGAUGUUUAGAAAUCUAUCCCCCGUGCGUUUCUAGCGAUAACGCGUCUACGAAUAAAUUACGAUAUCAGUCAGUUGUUAGAUUAAAAAUACCUUGUUGCGCUGCAACAUUAUCCGUCAAAGAAUUUUUAUUCCGUUACCGCCAUGUCUUCGUUAUCUCCUACCAAUAAGAAGUACGCGGGUCGUUCGCUAGAGUGCUUCGAACGGUUAGAAACGUUCGCAGACGGUUUCCGUACUCUCGUGUGUACCACACAUUUUCAUCUUUACUAUCCUGGCACACCACCAAUUUCAAUUCACUAUCACGUGUACGCAAUGGCAAACCAACACCGACGAAAAUAAUCAUUUCAUGAGUCACCUAAACAAAGGAAAGUGAGAUUAGUGAGAUUCCGGAGGGCGUUUGGAAGAUACUAGGAAUAAAUGGAUAAAUAGUCCCACCCGAAGAGAUAGACGACAACACCUAUAUAGUUCUGUCGGUAUCGUAGGCAUCUGGAGACUGUGGAGCAGAAAGGUGCGAGUUAAAAAAAACAAAUAUGGCGAGCGUGGACAGUAACCUGGAGGAGCUGAUGGGCCAGCUGGGCGAGUUCGGUAAAUACCAGGGUUGGCAGUUCUCCCUGCACAUAAUCGGCGCCCUGACGGCGGGUCUUCACAUGCUGACGCUGUUGACGGUGGCGGCCGUGCCACCUCACAAGUGCAACGUCCCUGGACUCACGUCCGUGAUCGACACGUUCAACACCACGUCCUCCACGUGGAACUCCUCGUCGUCGGAGACCGUGCCGCGGCCCAUCGACUCCUGCCGCUAUUUGGACGCGAACGAGACGAUCAGAGAGUGCGACUCGUGGAUCUACGACACCCGGUACUUCGAGUCGUCACGCGGCAUGGAGUGGAACUUCGUUUGCUCGCAACGGUGGAUGGGCUCCGUGGCCCAGUCCACCUACAUGUUCGGUGUGUUCGUGGGGGCGGUGACUCUGGGCAGUCUGGCGGACAAAUACGGCCGAAAGAUAAUAUUCUACGUGUCCUCCGUCGCCCAGCUGUUCCUCGGUGUGUCCGUUGCCUUGGUGAACGAGUACUAUACCUUUCUGUUCCUGCGGUUCCUCUACGGGAUCUUCGGGUCCGCGGGCGCGUACAUAACGGGCUUCGUCCUGACGAUGGAGCUGGUGGGACCGUCGAAGAGGACCGUGUGCGGUGUCAUGUUCCAACUGGCUUUCGCCGUCGGUUUCAUGUUGGUAGCCGUGUGGGGGGUUCUGAUAAAGGACCGCGUGUGGCUGCAGAUCGUCUACGGGCUCCACAGCUCCCUACUGAUCGGCCACUGGUGGCUCAUGGACGAGUCGCCCAGGUGGCUGUGGGCCCAAGGUCGCGUCUCCGAGGCAAUCGCUAUCGUGCAGAGGGCUCUGAGGAUGAACGGGUCCAACGUGAACGUGGACGCGGCCAAGCUGAUCACCGAGGCGAAGAUUCGUCGCCUGGACAGGGAGGAAGGCAACGACGAAUCGUACGGGGCCAUGGACCUCUUCAAAACGCCCAAUCUCAGAAAGAAGACGCUCAACGUGUGUCUCAAUUGGUUCGCCAACUCUCUCGUUUAUUACGGUCUGUCUUUGAACGCGAGCAACCUGGUGGGCAAUCCGUUCCUGAUGAUGUUCCUGAGCGGCCUGGUGGAGCUACCCUCGUACAUUUUCAUGUGUUUCGCUAUGGACCGUACCGGUAGACGCUGCAUGGUAUGCUCCUUCAUGCUGAUCGGCGGCGUGUGCUGUAUAGUUGCUUCCGUUGUUCCCAAGGGCACCGACCUGGCUGCAACCAUGAUCGUCGUUAUAGUUUUAUUUGGAAAGGCUUGCAUAGCUGGCUCGUUCGCGGUCAUUUACAAUUACACGGCCGAGCUGUUCCCCACGGUCGUGAGGAACACUGCAUUGGGGGUCGGAUCCAUGUGCGCGAGGCUCAGUGGCGCCCUCACGCCGAUGAUCAUGUUGCUGGAUUCGUUGAAUCCGAAGGUGCCAGCUAUUCUUUUUGGUUUCGUGGCUCUGAUAUCCGGGUUUCUGUCGCUCUAUCUUCCGGAGACCGUCAACCAGCCCAUGCCGGAGACUAUCGAGGACGGAGAGAACUUUGGGAAGCACGACACCUGCUUCACCACCACUUGCGCCGGCUCGAGGAAGACUAGCGCCACCUACCAAGUCACUAUGAGCCAACUGGGUGACAAAGAGGAGAAGGAAAGGCUCAACCAAGACACAAAGUGAUCGUCACCUUGUCUAUCCACGUGACAAAGACUCUGUAGGUAGUGGAACGACGACGCCAUUUCAAACGAGCUGUGAUUCCCGAUUUAAAUAGAAUUAGUGCCUUUCUAACUAUAAAAAAAAAAAUUAAAAGAAACAUUAUUAAAAUUCAAGCUAAUCCAUGUACAUUAAUAA